AUGUUAGCAACUACAGCACCAAACUCUUUAGUUAUGAACCCAACUUCAAUGUUAGUAGAGAUGAAAAGCUUCAUUCCUUCUUCAUAUACUUUCGAAACAGAAAUCCAGAAGAUAAAGCAAGAACUUCUCCAAGGAGAUUUAGACUGUAGUGCGAAAGAUGAAACAAAUGAACAAUAUCUUUAUGAAAUGCAGGAUAUUAUUGACCAUCUACCUAAACUUCCUGAAAUACAACAACAAAAGCUUACUAUUCCUGAAUUCGAUGAAAUAGAAGUCAAAGCAACUGACUCAGUAGAAAUAAAGAAGUUCAUACGAAAG